UGACGAAAUACAAAUUCGAAUGGAAAUUACUACUGUUUUUAAAAAUACAAAACGCGCCGGUGUUUAUUUAUUAAAUUUAAGUUCAGUAUUUCUAUAUACAUAAUUAUCAAGAUAUAUAUUUCACAAUGUCGACUCCUAAAGUUGAAAAAGAUCUUCAUUUACCACUCUCGAGAGUUAAAACUAUCAUGAAAAGUUCCCCUGAAGUAGACGCGGUUGGCGCCGAACCCUUAUAUUUAGUAACAAAAGUAACAGAAAUGUUCGUAACAGACUUAGCAAAGCGAGCAUUUAAAAACAGCAAAAAUAACUUCCUUGAAUACAAGCACAUCGCCGAAGUCGUGCAAGAAGACGACACGUUAGACUUCUUACGUGAGAUCAUACCGAGAAAAAUAACAGUUAGACAAUUUAAAGAGUUAAUGGCGAAAAAGGCGGCAAAAGCUAAUUCUGACGAUUCCAGCGAGGAAUCAAGUGAAGAGGAAAGUAGUGAAGAAAGUUCUGAAGAUAACAAUCAAGAAUGACAUUAGGAUUAGCUAGAAUAUAAUUUAAUUAAGUUAUUUGUUAUUUAUGUAUGAAUUUGUAUUGGAAUGCAAGUUUUAGUUACAUGGCUUAAUAGGAAACUGUCCUCUUCCCACCAUGCUACAUGCUACAUAAAUAUGUUUACUGUCAACAAACAAAGAAUUUAUAGGUAAGGUAGACAUGAAUUAGUUUAAUUGGUGUAUGAUCUACUCUUUACUCUUCCAAAUGACAUAGCUGUUGUAUAUUCAUACUAGCUCUGUAUAUCGGUUGUCAUGUCUAUAUCACUAGGAAUAUUGUAAAAUGUUAAGGAUGUUUUUACAAUAUUCCUAGGUAUUAGGGUUCAUAAAAUAAAUUUCAAAAGCGCUUUGAGCAGUCUGCCAAAAUAUUAAUAAUGUUUUGGAAUAUUAAACAAAACUUGUAGCGUAGUGUCUGACUAUACAUAUUAUUAUAAAAUACUUGAAGCAAUAACAACUACCUAAAAUACUAGAUUUUCAUGUAAGAUGAGCGUUUUUUGUACCAGCAGAAUAAUUGUGACGAGCUUAAAAUAUACAUAAUGGAAUAGUAUAAAGAAUGUUAAACUGUUAUUUAUUUUUUUACAAUAAUAAUUUGUACAUGCAUUCUCAUUAAUUACAAAUUGUUUCAUGUAAUAUAUAAGCCUUUUAGCUAACAAUCUCAAUUCCAAAAAAUGUGAUGAUUUUUUAAAUAAAUUUUAAACUUGG